GCAGCCCUCCUUCUCCACUCAGUUCAGCACCAUGAGGUUCUCCUACCACCUGAACACCUCCCCACCCACUGCCCCCCCACACAGCAGCGCCUCCCCCAGGACAGGUCCCUCCCUCCUCCUCCAAGUCCCAGUCUGCUGGCUAAAGGUCUCUCUCUGGAGACGUCCUGCUCUCCGUGCGGCCACCAGGGGGCGCUGGACGCCGACGCUCCCCAGCAGCUGAGCUCCGACCCAGGGCCCAGCUCCUUCUCCUCAGACCCCGCCUCCCUGGAGCGAGGGGCGGAGCUAACAGUGCGCCGCGGCUCCGCUAACGGGCUCCUGCUGGUCAACGACACGGGGCCUCCGGAGCUACCAGCUACCACAAUAACACCAACGAGCAAGAGCAGGCCGCCGCUGCCCGGACCCAAACCUCAGGUUCCCCCGAAGCCCCCCCACCUCCAGCAGCAGGCGGGGGUGUUGAGGCCCCGCCCCCGGGUCCCAGAUAAGCCCCUCCCCCCUCCCCCGCCCUGCAGGCCCCUCCCUGCUGACCCUCGGGGGGGCAGGUCUCCGCCCUGUCGCUCUGAUGGCACCGACUCCCCCAACUGCGUCCUGUCACUCAUCGAGAAGUUUGAGCGUGAGCAGAUAAUUGUGGUUCCUGACAUCACCGGGGGGGCUCUGUGUCGCCUGCCAGACACCUCCUCCUCCUCUUCCUCACGUCCUUCAUCACCACCGUCCUCCUCACCUGCGGCCCCUCCCCCACCUGAAGAGGAACCGCCCUCUGAGGUCAAAGGUCUCGAUGACAUCACACUGGGGGGAGAGGCUGAAGAAGAGGAGGAGGAGGGAGACGCCGACCUGCACGAUGAAGACGACGAUGACGACGAUGAAGAGUUGGCGGCGGCGUGUCGUGAGGACGUCCAUCAGAAGCGUCUCUCCAUGGAGUCGGGUUACAGCGCCUCGGAGAAACACCUGGAGGACGACGUGGUUGCCGUGGAGAUGAGGGAGCAACAGCCGGCUCAGCUCGACCAAUCAGAGCUCCCCUCAGAGCGCUUGUCCCUCCCCUCCUCACAGACAGAGGGAAAACUGGCCAAUCGGGACAGCGGCAUCGACAGCAUCAGUUCGCCGUCGCACAGCGAAGAGCUCUGUUUCGCCGGAGUGGACGAUGGGGGCGUGGCCUAUCCCUGUAGCCCUGCCCUCUUGCCCCGUCUCUCAAGCUCCUCCUCUUACGCGGGGGAGGGGGAGGAGGGGGAGGCGAGGGGCGGAGCCAGGAGGAGGCGGGACUUCUCCGAGGAGGGAGACAGCGACCUGGAGGAGGAGGAGGAGGGCGAGCUGACUCUGGUGCUGCCCCCCCCCAAAACAGACAGACAGGACUCUGUGGAGCUGUCUGUCCAGCAGAGGGUCUUUAACAUCGCCAACGAGCUGCUGCACACAGAGAUCGGCUACGUCUCCAAACUCCACCUCCUGGACCAGGUCUUCUGUGCUCGUCUCCUGGAGGAGGCGCGCUCUCGCUCCUCCUUCCCCUGCGACGUGGUUCAGGGAAUCUUCUCCAACAUCUGCUCCAUCUACUGCUUCCACCAGCAGUUCCUCCUGCCGGCGCUGCAGAAACGCAUGGAGGAGUGGGAAUCGAACCCUCGUAUCGGGGACAUCCUUCAGAAGCUGGCUCCCUUUCUGAAGAUGUACGGAGAGUACGUGAAGAACUUUGACCGAGCCAUGGAGCUGGUGAACAUCUGGAUGGAGAGAUCAGCGCAGUUCAAGGCCAUCGUGCAGGAGAUCCAGAGGGAGGAGCGCUGUGGGAACCUGACUCUGCAGCAUCACAUGUUGGAGCCGGUCCAGAGGAUCCCUCGCUACGAGCUGCUGCUCAAAGACUAUAUGCACCGCCUGCCGGAGGACGCCCCGGACCACCGGGACGCCCAGAAGUCUCUGGAGCUGAUCGCCACCGCAGCAGAACACUCCAACGCCGCCAUCAGGAAGAUGGAGCGGAUGAGGAAGCUGCUGAAGGUGUACGAGCUGCUGGGAGGAGAAGAAGACAUCGUUAACCCGACUAACGAGCUCAUCAAAGAAGGACACAUCCUCAAACUGUCCAACAAGAACGGCACCACGCAGGACCGAUACCUCAUCCUGUUUAACGACAGGUUGCUGUACUGCGUCCCGAAGCUGCGUCUGAUUGGUCAGAAGUACGGCGUCCGUGCUCGCAUCGAUGUGGACGGGAUGGAGCUGAAGGAGACCAGCAGCGCUGCAGUACCUCGGACGUUCCUGGUUUCUGGAAAACAAAGAUCUCUGGAGCUGCAGGCCAGGACGGAGGAGGAGAAGAAAGACUGGAUUCAGGCCAUCCAGGCGACCAUCCAGAGACACGAGCAGACGAUGGAGAGCUUCAGACAUCUCAACUGUUCUCUACGAGACGACGAGUCCACGCCGCCUCACUCCCCGAGCUGUGUGGAGCUGGGGAAGCGGGCUCCGACCCCCAUCAGAGAGAAGGAGGUGACUCUGUGUAUGAAAUGUCAGGAGCCGUUCAACUCCAUCACCAAGAGACGGCACCACUGCAAGGCCUGCGGACACGUGGUUUGUGGGAAAUGUUCAGAGUUUCGUGCUCGCCUUUCGUACGACAACAACCGCACCAACCGUGUUUGCAUCGACUGCCACGCCAUGCUGGUGGGGGCGUCGCCGUCGCCCGCCCUGCUGAGCAGCAGCAGCAGCCAGAGGAGGCGCUCCAUCCUGGAGAAACAGGCCUCUCUGGCAGCGGAGCACAGUGUGAUUUGUAGUUUUUUGCACCACAUGGAGAAAGGGAGUGGGCGCGGAUGGCAGAAAGCCUGGUUCGUCGUCCCGGAGAACGAGCCACUGGUGCUCUACAUCUACGGAGCUCCACAGGAUGUGAAGGCGCAACGCAGCGUUCCUCUGAUUGGCUUUGAGGUCUCCCUCCCCGAGUCAUGUGACCGCCUCGAGCGCCGCCACGCCUUCAAGAUCUCCCAGAGUCACCUGACGCUGUUCUUCAGCGCCGACUGUGAGGAGCUGCAGCGACGGUGGAUCGACGUCCUGCUGCGCGCCGGGAGGGGGGGAGGAGCCUCAGGUGCAUCGGCCAAUCGUGGAGAGCGUGGAGGAGGAGGGGGAGGAGCUUGCGACCGUAGCAGAGGACGAGAACACGUGAUUCUAUUGGAGAGAAACAAAUGGCAGCGAUGAUUAAUAUUGGUCCCUGUUGGAAACCAUUACAAAACCAGUAGCUGAUAUUUACACGCACACACACACACACACUGCAUGAUGGCGUCUCUUCUUCUUCAACUUUUUUCGUGAGGCAGUGAUGUGGGCGGAGCCUCUUCUCCCGCAGGAAUCAUGGGAACCACUGUGUUUUUCAUCCCCUCAGUUUGGUCUCAAACACUACAGUACCCAUAAACCUCAGCUGUUUUCAGGUUUAAAAAAAAAAAGAGUAAAGAGCUCUCUGAUUGGACGGAUUUCCUGGAACAUGAAGCACAUUCAUCAGCUGCUGUUAUAAACAUUUUACCUUAUGGUUUCCACUGAUCCAGUGUUCAGAAGAUCAACUGGUGUUAACUUAGUGGUUAAAUCACGUUGUUUUUUCCACUUUAAUACAGCAGCAGCAACCAUCAAGGAGUCACACAACACGUAGAGGGUUUUAAUAACAAAACCGGCAGAUCUAAAACUCCAGUUAUUAUUACUGAUACGUUCUCUGUCAGUGCAAGAAGAUUAAAUUAUUUCAACAAUUUUCAGUUUUCUGCACAGACCAGUAAAAAGUGAUCUUGUAUGAAGACACUAGACUUACAGAAGCUCGGAAACACAAAGCAGAUCUGCAACAUUAAGGGAUUCAGAUUGGACAAACUCGGGUGAAUUCACAAAAACUGGAUCGAUUUAGUUUCAUGAAUUGUGCAGCGUUAGCAACCUGUAUUUGCGCCGUCCCAAGAUCCGGUUCACAACAGAUAAUGCCCUGAUUAUGUUAAAAUGCAAACACCCAUUGAGAUUUGCAGCUAAGGACAAUUCUUUGGCAUCUUACUGCGAUCACAUAUGUUGCAAAAUAUGAAUGUCUUUGCACCAAUCACAUAUUACAUGAAGAGAGGAAACAGAGGUGCAAAGGCAUUACUUAAACUACCAAAAGCUAGGUAAUUAAACGAGACAGAGAAACCUUAUUUGAUUUUUAAACUACUAUCCUUGUCUGUGAGUAUAAAUGUGCUUCAACACAAACUCUCUGAAGACACUAAUAAUUUCACUGUAAACCGCUAAACAUUGUGAUUUGGACUGCUUUUGCACGAUGCUCAAUUUAAUGCCAAAUCUCAGCAAAUUCCCUGAUUUAAAAACGUGCGAAUACCACAGGAGAACGGAGAAGCAAUCGUCUUGGAAGUGCAAUUAGGAAUGCAUUUAACCUUUUGUUGGCGCUUUGAGAAAUAAACAGUAUUGUUAUAUUCAGGCAGGUUUAGGGAUUUGGCUGCAGAAGCUUUGCAAUCCUUUUGUGAAUUGCCCCCUGAGUGCAGUCCAGCUCAGUGUCCCUAUGAUUCACACUCAUUUUGGACAAUGCUGCACCUCCAGUUUUACAUCCAACGCCAACGAUUGUAACUACAACCACCGUCUGGUGCUUGUUGGCUCGCAGAUUUAGUAAAAAAUGAGAAGUGUUAAAACAUUAUUGUUGGAAGUGAAUCUGGUGUUUUCUUCCAAUAUCAGUGUUCAGAUUGUUUCUGAUAUCAACAAGCAAACAGGUGUGUUACGACAAAAACAGCAACCUUCAUUAAUCUGACCCGAGUGGAAUGGAUUAAACAAGGACAUACAAAAGCAUUUCAGAGUCAAAAUGGACAACAGAUUUAAAAUCCCAGCUGAGGGUUUAGGAGUGGAUCUUCUACCGGACAUGAUGCAGCCACGAAGAAGAGAUUAAAGAAGAGAUUUUUCCCUGUUUUUUAAAAGAUACGUGUCAGCAGGAAGUUGAUAUAGACUGUCAAAAGGAGGAAACGCUGUGAGAUUUUUAAAAAACAAAAGAAGAAAAAGACUGAUGUGUCCUCUUUAAAUGCACUUAAAAGACUUUUGAUUUUUUUAACCCAAAAUUUGCCCCUGAAGAUCAACUCCUGUAUUUUGACUUCUAAACUUCACUGCUGCUGUCUGACAAAUCCAAACCUGCCUAUCGAAUCACCUGUCCGGAGGUAAACUACAUUUCCCAGCAGCCUCGGCUCCAAGUGGUGGACUCAUUUGACCUGAAGCCUCUCUGCCUUCUGCUGGUGAAGUUCGGUACUGCAGAUUUUUAUAAAAAUCACUGAGGUGGUUCAUCGGGGUCCUCAAGAAAUCGCCAUGUUUUCAGAUCACAAAGAAAAUCAUGAAGCAGAGAAACAAGAAUUUAAAGAGUCCAAAAACGUAAAUAUUUUGGCUUCAUUUAUUCAGUUUUUCAUUAUUUUGUGCAAACCUUCGGAGACUGUGAACCACUAUUUUCAUUGUUAAUAAUUAUGCCGAUUAUUUUCUCAAUUAAUAUGGAUUGAUUGGUCUAUAAUAUGUCAGAAAAUCCAAAAUGAUGUAUUUUAUAUGUUUUAUUUUUCCUCAGUCCAAAGAUAUUCACCAUUAUAUUAAAUAAAAUAUAAAAUAUAUAAGCUGAUAACCACCAUAUUAAGAGAAUCUGAAAACAUUGGAAGACGUCACUUUGGAGACAUAUUCUAUACCAGACAACCUAUUGAUUAAUUGAGAAGAUAAUUAAAUAGCUGAACAUGAACAUGAUUGUUAGAUACAAGGCCUCUAAAGGACACUGAUGAUCUCAGCCCCAGAUGAUGAUGAUGAUGAUGAUGAUGGUGGUGAAGGUUUUUUUUUUUUUAAAAGAUGGAUGUAUAAAGUUGGAAAAAUAGUUUUUUUAAAGAUGGAUACAUGAAGAGGAACCAGGAACCAGCUGGACUGUACACCUUCAUGUUGUCAGAUGGACUCGGUGGUGUCUGUUUCCUGGAUGUUAGGAAUUAAUCCAGCUAUUAGACGGAGCCGAACUGAAUCUACAAUAAUAGACUUUAGUUGUUUUUAUCAUGUUCACUUCCAGUGGUCCAGUAUUUCUCUCUCUCUGUCUCUAUAAACACCUUUUGGACAAAGUGUUUUGAUAUUGAAAAUAUUAUUAAUAUUAUUAUUGUUAUUCUGAUGCUAUGAUGAAGUGAACAGACUUCUUGUUGGAUAUUUCGGUGUUUAUGAGUCUGGGUUGUGUUUGAUGUUUGCUUGAUGCAAGUUGAUGCAAGAAGAAAACAAAGAGUAAAGAUUUUGUAAAUAUAAUUUAUUCUCCUGUGACCUCCCCGGUCAUGUGACUAUGUAAAGGUUAAAGGUUAAAACUUGCCGUCCCUCAACACAGCCAGAGCCAAUCAAACUGGCCGUUUCUCAAUCGCGAGGAUGCUGGCUUGGUAGUCGCGUACUUCCAAGUCACUUCCUUCAGAAACGAAGCAAGUAUACUUCCAAGCCAUGGCUACGGAAAACGAAGAAGAAUGGAACAGGCUAACAAGUGUGCCACUCUCUCUAACGGUUUUCAACAUCAACUGUACCAAAAAUAAAUACCUCACGAUGUCUAUCUAAUUAUGA